AAGAACAUAGAUAGCAUACUGAAAUAUUUAGAGGACGGAUUUGUGCGCAGGCCGGAUGGCCUUUUGGAAACACAGAUAUCAUUGUUUCCCAAUCUUAGGCCUCCUGCCUCUCCUCCUUCUCUUGCACGCUGUCGCCAUUCGCGUCCCCACGCCUUCUUCCCCUUCCUUUCGUGAGGCUCCCGCCUUUCGCAAUGGCGACUCAUGCACCUCCUCUCACCAUAACAGCAGUACCGCCAUCCACAUUGUCAUGCCAUUGGACACCAAUUACAUACGAGGUACAAUGGCUGCCAUAUUAUCCAUUUUGCAGCACUCCACCUGCCCUGAGAACGCCUUCUUUCAUUUUCUCACCAUCAACUCCGACCCCCAGAUUCUUUCCAUAAUCAAAUCCACCUUCCCUUACCUCGCCUUCACAAUGUACCGUUUCGACCCUAACCGUGUCCGAGGCAAGAUUUCCAAGUCCAUAAGGCAAGCCUUGGAUCAGCCCCUGAAUUACGCCAGGAUUUACAUAUCCGACAUUCUCCCACAGGGUGUGGGGCGUGCCAUAUAUCUAGACUCUGACAUCAUUGUGGUGGACGAUGUGGCUAAGCUCUGGGCUGUGGACAUGGAGGACAAAGUGCUGGCGGCACCCGAAUACUGCCAGGCCAAUUUCAGCAGCUAUUUCACAGACCAAGCGUUCUGGUCGGACCCGGUGUUGGCCCGCACAUUCAAGGGGCGCCGACCAUGUUAUUUCAACACGGGGGUGAUGGUGGUGGACGUGGACAAGUGGAGAAAAGGAGGGUAUACGGAGAAGGUGGAGGAAUGGAUGAGGAUACAAAAGCACAAGAGGAUAUAUCACUUGGGGUCUUUGCCGCCUAUCCUAUUGGUUUUUGCUGGUAACAUUAAGGCGGUGGAUCACAGGUGGAACCAGCACGGAUUAGGCGGCGACAACUUAGAAGGGAAAUGCAGAGGGCUCCAUCCUGGACCUAUUAGCCUGCUGCAUUGGAGCGGUAAGGGGAAGCCGUGGUUGCGCAUGGAUGCUAGGAAGCCCUGCUCCGUUGAUCUACUGUGGGCCCCCUACGAUCUCUACCGUUCCUCUACGGUGCUUGCCUUGGAGGACUAGUAGUGAAUAGUGAAUGCAAACAAACAAUACUUACUACUACUUAAUUAGUCAGUUAGCACAAGGGUUGAUAUGAUUAUUAUAGGAAGAAAGAAAACUACAACUACUUAUUAAUUAGGAAUUAAUUGCAUGUCUGUGUGUGCAUGUAGACCAGAUAAGCACCAAUCAAAUCUCAACUGUGAAUUUUUGUGACAA